AUGGUAAAAAGGCAACAUAAAACUAGCUCUUCUUCAACAUCUGCCCAAAUACGAAAACCUGCAGUUACCACACGCUCAAAAAGUAAUCAAAAGAUUGAAUUGGUUAAUUCUAUUGAGCAACAAAAAAAAAUCGCGUUUGAUAUGAAACGAAAGCGGAAAUCGGCCGCCGAGGUUAUUACACCCGAAGAAAAUGAUGAAAUUGAUAGACGAUCACCACCAUCCAAUUCAAAUAAUACAAAAAAUUCGGAAGAUAAAGAAUCUGUUUUGAGUCCGCCGAAACGAGCGAAACUUUUAACAAGAGUUGGACAUAAUGAUGGUCAAUCCAAUGUUGAUAAUAAUGAAUUAAAGCGGGAGAGUGAAAUGAUUGAAGAUAGUGCUCAACAAAAUAAUGAUCACGAUAAACCCUUGCGAAGAAGCGUUGAUAAAUCAAGUACUAAUAAUAAGAAGGAGAAUGAUGACAAAACAACUAAAGAUAUCGAAAAAGAUGAAAAUAAAAACAACGAAAAAGGAGUUAUUCAAUCUAAUGAUGAGAUCAUUCAGGAUAUCAAUACGAUUACUGAAAGUUUUAAGGACGUUGUAGAAAUCAGAGGAACACAAAUGGUAAUCGGAAAUUUUGUAGUAGAAUAUGAUCAAUAUCAGGAAUUUAUGACGCUGUUGAAUCAAUUAGUGGACAUUUUAGAAACGUAUGAUUCCGAGAAAGUUUUGCAAAGCGCAAAGAAAAUAGGGAGCAAGGGAAAUAAUUCGGGUCAGGUUUUAAAUUUAACGCUCUUUCGAGCUAAAAUUACUAAGCGUUCAUACAAAAGUUUGAAUGAAUUCCAGGAUGAUUUUAUUUGUACAUGCAACGACGUCAUAAAUGCUGCUGAUCCUAAAAUGCACAAUGCUGCUUCUCAACUUCUUAAAUUUGGGUCUCGAUUAUUUGAACAAGCUUACAAAAAAUUGCCAAGAAGUAUACGACAACUUGAUGUUCAUGAUAAAAAUUCGGUUGCAAUUGCACUUGUUCAGCCAACUUCGGACGGUCAUGUAUUUUCAAGUGGUGCGGUCAAACAACUUCCACAACAAAACGGAAAAAAGGAUGCCAUUAAAUUAGUCGGUGAUUUGCAGGAUAUGGCAGUUGUAUCUUUGCAAUCCAUGGACAAACAAGAAAUUCCGACAUUUGGUUCGAUUCUUCCAAAGAAGAGAGAGAAUUCUAAGUUCUUACAACCCGAAGAACGUAAUGUUCCUGGAAUUAAAUUCCAUAGGUAUAAGGCAUAUGCAUCAUUCGCACCAAUUUAUGAUUCAAGUGACGCAACGUUAUCUUAUGAAGAUACAAUGUUGGCGCGUACUUAUAAAAAACAUAAGCGAGUCUCUAAAAGGAUUAAUAAGUUGGAUUUAAGUGAAGAGGGGCAAGUAAAAAAAAAAUCAUCAUCUAACGUAGAGACGACUUCGGUAGGAGUGUCAGCCGAGCAGAAUAAUUCAGGAAAUGGCAAUAACGUAGAAAACAGCGAUAAGGAUAAAUUUUUUGAAGAUAUUGAUGUAGAUUUAUUAUAUAAAAGUAUUAAACGUACACAACCAAAUGAGAUUGAUGAGAUGUUAGACGAACAUGCGGAAAUCUUUAGAAAAGUACGAUCAAUGCAAGAGAAAAGAUUGAUUAAAUCGAGUCAAAUCUCUGCAAAAGAAAGAAAAUAUGUAUAUAAGUUGCAAAAGCAACUUGCUAAUUUGAUAUCAAAAGUAUCGCCUUCUGAUAUCGUCUCAUUCAGUGCUGUCGAAAAUGCUAUGGAUAAUUUAUUAAUAAAGGAAAGGUCCUUUAAAGGUGUGCUACCACCUAAUAAAUCUUUUGCACAUCCUACCAACGAAGUUUCUCGUGAUGUGUUCGGUAAUUUGUCUAGAAAAGAAAUAUCAUCAGUAGAUAGGAAUAAUACAUAUGCGAGAAAUAUGAAUUCCAAGGACACAUUGCCCCAGGGUUCAUUAGCAGGGCCGUCAUCAGUAACAAAUUCAGCAUCUCGUCAGCAAUCAAUGCCGUCACAAUCAUUACAUCAUCCUACUCCACAUCAGUUACCAUUACCGAUGUCAGCAUCAAUGCCUUAUACCCAAUCUUCACGUGCGACAGCCUCCCAAGUUCCAAUGCGAAUGCAAUAUGGAGCAUCUCAAGGCACGAGUACUCAAAUGCACGCUAAUUAUCAAAUGACUUAUUCAAGGCCAUUACCAACACAAUCGCAAGUUCCAACUUACUAUCCUUCGCAACCUUCGCAACGUUACCCUUAUGGAUAUCCUUAUUAUCCGCAAUAUGGUUAUUCAAUGGGUCAUUCGUCUUGGCAACAAAGACCAAGUUAUUAUUGA